AAGUGCUAGUGCAGGGCAAAUAGCGAAUCUUGAGUGUGAUUAGGAGAGUUUGGACUACGGUGGUGCAUCAACAGACAUCCGAGAACCAGGAGAGACACACACUCACCUGUGGAGCUGCAGGAACACACGCGACUUGUGCUCUCUGAAUUUCAUCGAAGCAUUCGGUUGAGCAUUCAGAAAUGACGGACACUCUCAUUCCCAAUGGCUGCAAAAGCAACGGACCGGUGGAAAACGGCUACUUCAAAAAGGGAUGUAAUCCAUUUGCUCAGACUGGCCGCAGUAAGCUGCAGAAUAAGAGAGCAGUCCUGAACCAGAAAAUCAUCAAGCAGAUGCGGAUGAGAGCUGGAGCUGAGAACCUUCUUAAGGCGACUUCCAAUAAUAAAGUUCGGGAGCAGGUGGUGCUGGAGUUGAGUUAUGUCAACUCAGAUUUACAGCUUCUUAUGGAACAGCUGGAGGGACUCAACAGCUCUGUGGAAGUUUAUCAGAACGUACAAGAGUCAUCCAGCAUCCCGCUCAUUCCCCUGGGACUGAAGGAGACAAAAGAUGUGGAUUUCUCUGUUCCUCUCAAGGACUUCAUCCUGGAACACUACAGUGAAGAUGGCUCAAACUUCCAGAAUCAGAUCGAUGACCUCAUGGACCUAAGACAGGCUUGUCGGACACCCAGUCGCAACAAUUCUGGUGUAGACUUGAUUGCCAACUACUUCAGUCAACUUUCCUUCCUGGAGACUCGAUUCUUCUCCCCUACACGUCAGAUUGGCAUUUUUUUCACCUGGUAUGACUCCUUCACUGGCAUGCCUGUGUGCCAGAAUAACAUCUCCCUGGAGAAAGCCAGCAUGCUCUUUAACAUGGCAGCGCUCUACUCACAGAUUGGCACUCGUGCUGACAGACAGACACUAGCAGGACUCGAGGACGCCAUCGCUGCCUUCCAAAAAUCUGCAGGCGUGCUGCACUUACUGAAGGAGACCUUUACACACACCCCCAGCUAUGAUAUGAGCCCUGCUAUGCUGAGUAUGCUGUUCCGGCUGAUGCUAGCACAAGCGCAGGAGUGCCUGUUUGAGCAGAUCACUCUGCCAGGAAUCCGAAAUGAGUUCUUCUGCCUGCUCAAAAUGGCCCAAGAAGCUGCCAAGGUGGCAGAGACAUACGCUCAAGUGCACCAGUCCAUGAUCGAGACCCCCAUUACGAAGAACGUGCCCUUUUUCUGGACCACCAUGUCCCAGCUCAAGAUCAAUCACUACAACUCUUUGGCCCAUUACUUUGUGUCCACCGCUCUGCUAGACCACCAGUUGAAUCCCAGUGAUGAUGAGGACAAGCAAGAGAAGGCUCUCUCACAGCUGUAUGAUGCCAUGCCAGAGGGACGCUCUCCUCUUGACAUCCUGAAGAACAAGGAUGAGAGACGGAGGAUAGGUAAAGCUCAUCUACAGCGCUCCAUCAUGGGACACGAAGAGGCCAUCCGCACACAUUGUCGCUGUCGACACCUGCAAAAACUGGACAUCCUGAGUGACAUCCUGCGUGCUAGCCUCAAUCGCUCUCUCACUAAGUUCGAACAAAACGACAAGGAAGACGAGUUCACAGACUACAUGCUUGCACCAGAUAUUAUCUCUAAAACGGAAAAGAAAGCUGAGAUGGAGAUUCCAGCGGCCACCAAGGGGCCUUUGUCAGUGUUUUCAGCGAAGCAGAGGUGGACAGCUCCGCGCACCAUCAGGCUCAUACUGCAGGACAGAGACCUCGGGUUUACGCUCAAGGGAGAUGCACCCGUUCAGAUACAGUCACUCGACCCCCUUUGUCCCGCUGCAGCCGGUGGACUGAAAGAGGGCGAUUACCUUGUUGCUGUGGGUGACACCGAUUGUAAAUGGAUGGGAGUGAGUGAUGUCAUGAAGCUUUUAAAGGAUGUGGAUGAAGAGGGCAUCAACAUCAGGGUUGUCAGCAUGAUGGACAGCAGCAGCCAACCAAUGGCAACCAAGAGCGCUACGUACUGCGGCGGCCUGUCCAAGACAUACUCCAUGAUCUGCCUGGCACACGACGAGGACGAUAAAAACCCCAAGUCUCGCAAGGUAGCAAAGAAACCAUCAUUCCUCAGCUUUGGUCUCAAGAACAAGAAAAGCAGCAGCACGCUGAGUCUCCCUAAUGCAGAUUACAGCAGGCCCUGGAACAGACCCUCAGCCAACUACUCCAAUUCGCAUCACGAAAGCGGCCUCUACUAAAACACACAAAACUGGAGUCAGAAAAGAGGGAAAGCUUCGUAGAGAGAUUAAAAUUAUUUUGCACGGACUU